CAAAUGUCCGAGCGACUGCAGUACACGAGGGAGAUUUCUUUUCGGAUCUCCGCAGCGGCGGAGACCGCGCUGGAAAAUGCCAGAUACAAGGGAACCAUUCCCUUUCCCAAAAUAUGAAAACGACGAUGAUUUUAGAGGCCGGCAGAAGGAAAAUCAGAGUUUUCAGUAUCAAAAGCCAACCCAUUUAGCACAACAGGAGGACCCGUGGAACCGUCUACAUGCAACAGCAACUGUGUCAAGUGCCAGCAAAGGAAUUUACCUCUGUAAUCCCAAGGCACCAAAAGACAGUCUGGAUAUUCAUCUUAGUGCUAUUUACGACCAUUCAAACGAGUUUCUGAAGCAUAAGAAUGAGGUGCUUCUUCAAAAGUCAACUUGUGAUCCUCAGAGUGGCUGCUGGUUGAGUUCCAAUGAACUAGAACCUGAAGAAGUGUUUCAUCGGAAAAUAAUGAAGGACAGAGUGCAGCAAGAUAUUUGUGGUUGUGUGCCUGAACACACAGGAACUGGUGCUACUUACCUGCAAGCAAGAUCACCCCCAAGGCUUUGGAUUUCACCAACGAAAUCAUCCAUUCAUAGCAUUGAUGGAGCAAUAACAAGUCAACACACUGCUGCCACCAAUGGAGGAUAUUCCAGGAAAAUAGACGGUGGCUUCUUUGCAAUCUGAAAUAGAAGAUAUUUCUGUUCUAUACUGUACUAGGAUUUUCCUGAUUUGUUUUUUAUCAUCAAAAACUCAUUGUGAUAUAAAGAACUAGCUGUAACAAUACUGUGAAGUAGCAUCUUUAAUGUAAUAAUAGAAUUAAAUCACUGGAGAAAACAUAA